AGUUUAACAUUGACAUUGGUUCAGACAUUGCAAAAAUAAAAUCAAACUAUAUAUUGGAUCCUUUAAAAAUCAAACAUAACAAAGAAAAUUUUAUAAAAAUUAAAAAAAUUUUGUUUUAUGUAAAUUAAAAAAAUAAUUAAUAAAAAAAAAAUUAACAAUUGUAUUUGUAGUGAACCAAUAAAAUUUUGGGAAAAAAUUUAUUAAAAAAAAAAAAUUUUGUUUAAAACUCUAAAAAUAUUUUAAUUUAAAAAAAGUGUUAAAUUAAAACUAAAAAAAAAAUGUCGAAUUUAGCAUUUUUAUGUCUGGCAACUCUGUGCUGCAGCAUGUUGUUCUUUUCAAAUACUAAAGCGGCCUCAACAUUUCCCGCCGAUAUACCCCGUUGUCAUACGGGUGAUACCGAUUGUGUGGUGCGUACCUCUGUAAAUUUAAUACGAAAACAUGCACGCACAGGUUAUCCCUCAGCAGCAUUUCCACCCAUUGAACCAUUCCAUUUGAAAGAACUCGAUAUAUCAGAUGGUCAUGGUGGUUCGUUAAAUUUAAAAUUAAAUUUCCGCGAUGUUGAUGUUGCGGGUCUGUCUGGUGUGAAUUUCGAUCGUGCUGUUGGUUUUGGAGCGGAUCCUGCUACUUCCAAAUUUGAAAUGUAUGGCAUUUUACCAAAGAUCACUAUACGCGGCAAAUACACUGCCGAUGGACGCAUUUUAAUUUUACCCAUACGCGGUGAUGGUAAUGCCGAUAUUACACUAGAAAACUCCAAAUUCUCGGUUAAAUUCAAGCCCUCCUUACAUCCCAAAAAUGGCAAAACUUUCUUAAUGGUUGACAAAUUGAAGGUCUUGAUUGAACCACAAAAAAUGAUCAUUCAAUUGACCAACUUAUUUAAUGGUGAUCAAGCCUUGGGUGCUCAUAUGAAUCAAUUCUUAAAUGAAAAUUGGUUUGAUGUCUGGACCGAAUUGCAACCCUCUAUACAUGUGGCCAUUGCUGACGUUAUGAAGAGCAUAUUAACGCCCAUUUUUAAGAAAUUCCCCUAUGAAGACAUGUAUGAAAAUUAAAUUUAUUCAUUUUAGUUUAUGUAAGGAACAAAAAACUGUGAAUUUUUUAUUUUUUUUUUUUUAUAUAAGUUAACAUUUGUGUGGUUUAGUAUUAGUUUUAAACAACAAUGAUUUUCAUUAUUAUUAAUAAUGUAUUUUUAUUAGCCGUUACGUUUAGUUUAAGAGACAAUUUAUAAUUUCCGUAUUUGCAAAAAAAAAAUGUUUGCUAAAAUUCAAAAUAUCAAAAAAAUACGGAAAUUUUGUCUAAACUCAUUUAUAAAUAACUCAUAAUUAUCAUACAACAAUUAUAUAAUUAUAAUAUUAGUUUUUUUUACACAUUAAUAUUAAAAACCAUUUGUUGAAUAAAAUAUUU